ACGGGAGGCGCGGGCGGCGAGCGAGCGACGGCCACGGGAGGAGCUCGAGCGUCGGCGAGGCGGAGGAGGUUCUCCACAAGGCUUCCCUGCGUGGCUAUUUCCUUGCUUUCUGGGGCCGACUUUCAGCGCCUGCAACAUGUCGGCGCAUGACCAGAUGCGUGCGAUGCUCGACCAGCUGAUGGGGACGUCCAGAAAUGGUGAUGACAACACAUACCGGCUGAAGUUCAGUGACCCAAAGGUGUGCAAGAGUUUCCUUCUCACCUGCUGUCCCCAUGAGAUCCUUUCGUCAACGCGAAUGGACUUGGGUGAGUGCCCCAAGGUCCAUGACUUGGCACUCCGAGCUGACUAUGAACAAGCAUCCAAAACAAAAGACUACUUUUAUGACAUUGAUGUAAGUAUGGUUCCCUCUAGAUUUUGUCCCCUUCACAGACUAGAGCUAAAUUCGGGUGUUUUGAUAUUCACUGAUUAUAAUUUCCAGGAGAGUAUGAAGCUCAUGGAGGAAGUAGAAGAUCUUCGGAAACGCAAAGCAGCUGCGGAGCAGGAGUAUCGUAAUUCCAUGCCGGCUUCUAGCUACCAGCAGCAAAAACUGCGAGUGUGUGAGGUUUGCUCUGCCUAUCUUGGCAUCCAUGACAAUGACAGACGGCUUGCUGAUCAUUUUGGCGGGAAGCUGCACUUGGGCUUUAUCAAGAUCAGAGAAAAGCUUGAGGAAUUGAAGAAAACGGUUGAAAGCCGAAGGGAGAAGAGAAGGGAGGAACGCGAGCUAGAACGCAAUGCUCGCUUUGGGGAAAUUGCUGACUAUGAUGUCACAAGGGAUCAUGAGAGAGAGAGAUACCGGGAUGUGGACCGUGACAGGAGGGAUCGUUACCGUGACGAUGACAGAGAGAGAAGGCGCAGGAGGUCAAGGUCGAGGUCAAGGUCACGCGAGAGGCGGCGCCGAAGGUCCAGAUCUCGCGACCGAUAUUACAGGUCUCGUUCCCGAUCAAGGUCGCGUGACCGCAGGAGGCAUUCAAGGAGUAGGGAAAGUUCAAGGCGAUCCCGCCGGUCAAGAUCCAGAGACCGCCAUACCCGUUCGCGGGAGAGGUCGCACUCGAGAGGGAGAACUUCGCGCGAGAGAGUAUCCCGAGAUGUGGAGGAAGACAGAAAAUCCCGAGACAAAAUCAUAGAGGAACCUGAGCCACCAGAGAGAAGGGAUGGAAGUCCAGAAAACGGAGAAAUCACAGAUGACCGGUCCAGAGAUGGGAUGGAGUGAGAUGAAAAGCCGUGGAUUCUGGUACCAACGAAUUUGAAUUUGCGCAGAUCAGCAGCCACUGAGUGUUAAAAAAGCGUUACUAGAAUUUUUUCCAUUUCUUUUUAAUCUCUACCAUACUAGGUUAUUUAUAUAAUUUAGCAUAAUUGCAUUCAGAUACCUCUCCUUACAGACAAAGAGAAGAAAAUAAAAAUUAAUAGUGCAAAAGAGAGAGAGGAAUGUAUCACGUAUUUUCUGUGUAAAUCUCUGUAUCUCUCUUCUUCAUCACUUUCAUCCAGAUAUCACCGACACUGCUGUCCUAAUUAUUUACCUGCAAAUAUAAAGAUUUAAAAAAAAAAAAGAAAAAAAAAAGUGUUAGUUUUUAAUUAUUUUUUUAGGGGUGCGUAGAUAUGUCGGAUGCACACAAUUUAAAAAUCAUGGUUUUUGUUAAAACUGUAUAUUCUAUUUAAGGACAUAUUCUCAUGUGAUAUAGCACUUUUGUCUUCAAAUAGGCAUUUAUCUCCAAAUACCUGAUGUUAGUGCUAUUUUUCCAUAAGCUUUCUUGGUAACAGAAGUUGAUGAACCAAGUAACAAUAGAGUCUUGGACACAAGUUGAUGUAGUGAAUGUUAAUCGAUUCUGUAUAUAGGCUAUACAGUACACUGUCAAAAAAUCAGUUUAGAUGAAUCUUCCUAGAAGAUGCAUAGUCAUGGCCAAAAUGUACAAUAGUUGACUACUUUUAAAGCAAGUGGAUUUCCUAUUCCUGUUUCUUUUGAGGAGUUUCAACAGCAGAGCUGUAACCAAUCUUGCUACACAUUUGCAGUAGCAACUAGAUAUGCAUAAAAUGUAAAAAAGAAAAAAAGCGGGCUUUCUUUUUUUAUUUCAAGUUAUUUUGUUUGCGUCAUUGAUCAUGUCAAAGAAUAUAUUCACAAUUUUUACCUGAGUGAGGAUUCUGAUGUACACAUGUAAUCUUUUUCAAUAAAUUUGAAAUGUUU